CGAAAUAUAUUCGGCGGAAAAACGCGGUUAACGAGUUUGAUGAAUAAAAGUGUUUGUAUGGCUAAAAUAUUAUCAGUUAAUGUUAAAGUUACAUUAGAAAAUUGCAUCUUUGAAUUGAACUAAAAUCAAAAUAUGAUUCGCAUAUUUUAAUAUUCAUUACUAUGAAUAUUUGGCAAUUUAUCAUUAUUUACGUGCUCUCAGUAAUUAUAGUUGUGUUUUGGAUAAGAGUGUUAACGUCUGUCUUCGAAAUGGUUACAGCUAACAAAAGAAAACACAUACGAUCGAGUUCGAAAUUACGGCGCAAUUCUCAACGAUUGCAAAUGCCGGCACGAAAGGGGCUCCUAGCGCCCCAAAAUACAUUUUUGGAUACCAUCGCCACCCGUUUCGAUGGAACGCAUUCAAAUUUCGUGCUUGGAAAUGCUCAAGUACCUGGAUACCCGAUUGUUUACUGUUCUGAUGGAUUCGUUGAGUUGUCAGGAUUUUCCAGAGCACAGAUAAUGCAAAAAGGUUGUGCAUGUCGAUUUCUAUAUGGACCGGAGACGAAAGACGACAACAAAGCACAAAUCGAGAAGAGUUUGGACGGAAAAAACGAGCUUAAAUUGGAAGUAAUAUUUUACAAGAAAAAUGGCACUCCAUUUUGGUGUUUACUGGAUAUUGUUCCGAUUAAAAAUGAGAAACGUGAUGUGGUACUAUUUCUCGCGUCUCACAAGGACAUCACCAACACUAAAAUGGCAGAAAUGUCAUUAUCUGAUGAAUGCGACAGCGCAGCAUUGCUGGGAGCCAGAUUUCGUUCAAGUGAAUCGGCAUUUCUGGGCGACGAUGGAUCCAAUGGUGAUUUUGAAGUACCACCUGGUGUUAAUAUGGGACGAAGACGAUCUCGGGCCGUACUCUAUCAAUUAUCGGGCCACUAUAAGCCCGAAAAAAUCAAGACAAAACUUAAGCUAAACAAUAAUUUACUCCAUUCUACCGAUGCACCAUUGCCUGAAUAUAAAACUCAAGCUCUAAAAAAAUCCCGUUUCAUUUUAUCGCAUUAUGGUAUGUUCAAAGGUUGUUGGGACUGGUUAAUAUUGGUUGCUACAUUUUAUGUGGCGGUUGCCGUUCCAUAUAAUGCUGCAUUUGCCAAAGCUGUUCGAUUGACGAUGGCUUCUGACGUAAUUGUUGAAGGAUUAUUUAUUGUUGACAUAAUGCUGAACUUUCGCACGACCUACGUGUCUCGGAAAGGUGAAGUUGUGUCCGACUCAAAAAGUAUAGCGUUAAACUAUUUACGUGGCUGGUUCGUCGUUGAUUUGCUGGCAGCACUACCUUUUGACCAUUUGUAUCUGUACCAUGGAGAGGAAUCUCAUAUUCAUCUGGUUAAAUUAACACGAUUACUACGCCUAGCACGUUUACUGCAAAAAAUGGACCGCUAUUCACAGUACACGGCAAUGAUACUAACAUUACUGAUGCUAUGCUUUUCACUUGUUGCACACUGGCUGGCCUGUGUUUGGUUUGUGAUUGCCGACAAAGAACAAAUUGCCAACGAUAUCGAUUGGGAUAUAGGUUGGAUGCAUACGUUGGCUGAACGCUUGAAGUACAACAAUAUUUCGGAAAUUUCAAAUGUUGAAGCUUACGUGACGGCACUGUAUUACACAUUCACCAGCUUAACGUCGGUCGGUUUUGGAAAUGUUUCAGCGAACACUUCUGCUGAAAAAGUUUUUACAAUCGUAAUGAUGUUGAUUGGGGCUCUGAUGCAUGCCGUUGUGUUUGGUAAUGUGACAGCAAUCAUCCAAAGAAUGUAUUCGCGAAGAAGUCUCUAUCAAAGCAAAUGGCGUGAUCUAAAGGAUUUUAUUAUAUUACACCAGAUGCCGAAGGAACUGAAGCAGAGAAUGCAAGACUAUUUCCAAACAAUGUGGUCGUUAAAUCAUGGCAUUGAUAUAUAUGAGAUACUAAAAGAAUUCCCCGAAGAGCUGCGAGGUGAUGUAUCAAUGCAUCUACAUCGAGAGAUUUUACAGCUUCCCAUAUUCGAAUCAGCAUCGCAGGGAUGCCUAAAAUUACUUUCGCUUCACAUAAAGGCCAAUUUUUGUGCACCAGGCGAGUAUCUCAUACAUAAAGGUGACGCGCUGCAUUACAUUUAUUACAUUUUCAAUGGUUCAAUGGAAGUUAUGCAAAACGAAAUGGUUGUGGCUAUCCUGGGCAAAGGAGAUUUAGUUGGUUGCGACAUAUCAAUGCAUUUGCUUGCAAACUCUAAUGGCCAGGGUGGAAACUCGCAGCACAAUAGCGGUGGGUCACAGGAUGUUGUUGUAAAGAGCAGCAGUGAUGUUAAGGCACUCACGUAUUGCGACUUAAAAUGCAUUCAUCUGGGAGGUUUGGUGGACGUUCUUCGUCUGUAUCCCGAAUAUCAAACAGAGUUUGCGAAUGACAUUCAACAUGAUUUAACCUUUAAUAUGCGUGAAGGCUACGAGGCUGAAGCCGAGUCGGAUAUUGGUCCAUCACUAGCCCUCCCAUCAAUCAGUGAGGAUGAUGAAAAUCUAGCUGAAGAAAAUGUUAACGUUACUAUGUCGCCACUCCUAUCAAAUAUAAACCGUUCGCCACUCCAUUCCAGUCCUAGACAUUCUAAAUUUUUGAACAGAGGAAAAUCGUUAGCUGCCCUUCGGGAACGGGUCGAACGCCAACGAUCAAUUAAUGCCAAUAUAUUGGGUGGAUCGGAAUCCAAUUCCUUGGAAGGAUUAAAUUUGGAGAGAGGCGAAUCUCAAUCGAGUAAAAAAUCUGUGGAUAAACUGGACACCCAAGUAUCUACUUUACAUCAAGACGUGGCUGCACUGAGUGUGGAGGUCCGUAAUGCCAUUCAAGCUCUUCAGGAGAUGACAUAUUCGACAUUAGCAUCUCAAUCUAAUUUGAACGGUCGUCUACCACCAGCGAGAUCGAUUCCGAAUUUUCCAAAUGAGGAAGUAACAUCACGGGGUCCAACAACGGACUCAUAUCAAAUGAACCGUUGUUCGUCACAUCCAGCUGAAAUGUGGGGACGAGAUGUUCUCGAAGAAAAUCAGCGAUCGUCUCACAAUCCAUCGCCGGGCAUAAUAGACAAGAUAACGUCAACGACGCAAACCGACAGCAAAAUUGAUAUGCAAUUUAUCGAAACGUUUAUAUUAGCGAAUCCGCGCUUGGUAUUGAAUCUGUUGGGCAUUGAACCAGCUUAUCACAUAGAUUGCGAUAAAAUUGCUGCACCGCCGCCACAAUCUUCUCUCAUCCCAAUUCCGGAAGCGACCAGUUCACCAGAUAUAAGUAGUCCCAAUGCAAAUGAAUUUAUCUACGGCGGUAGUUCGAGCGUUUGGAGUCCAAAGAAUAGUAACAAUAAAAAUGCAGAAAACUGUCGAUCGACCGAUGCACUGUUGAGCACGAGUUUGGAAGACUGUCUUAAAUCGGACGAAAAUUUAUCAAUUAUGAACAAGAACGAGACUGUUAAUUUUAGUGUUAUUAAAGAGGGCAGCGUAAAGUCGCUACGGAAACGAUCUUCGGACGCUGGCCGUUCAGAUAAAUCAAGUAGCACAAAUAGUAUAUCAUCCGUGACGACAACAACACCAAAAAUAUGUGAUGCAGAAGUAGGACCUAAUCGGCAAGGAUAUAAUGGGGCAAGUAAUUCCAAUUCGAGGCGAUCGUCGUGGAAGGAAAGCAAUAUCGUUUAUCGCAAAGAAAUCGAUAUGGACGGUCCGAGUGAUAUGGAAAUGUUAGGUGAAAGUUGCGCUAUGUUAUGCAAUGACGUUCGAAGAAAUAGUCGAUCAUCAACCACCGAGAUUCACAAACGGAAUCAUCUAGCGCCAAGAACUCCAGUCAAUUAUCGAUUUUCGGCUGGAGAUGCGGAUAAAUUGGAAAAGGGUAUUAAGACAGUAGCAUCAACUCGUUCGUUGAAAGAUAGUUGAAUUAUUUUACAUGUGAACGUAGAGUAUAGUCGUAGUAUUUAUGCAUUCCUUAAUGUGACUAGUUCUAGGUAUAGACGUACACUCAGCAUUUAACUAUUUCUAACGGAAGAGAUGUGAAACGAAUCGAGGCAAGACAUUCUCCGCCAAUCAAUAAGUCUUACAAGUUUCUCAAAUUUAAAAGAUUUUUGUUU